CUGUAAAUCAUCUCUCCUCUCUCUUUCUCUCUCUCUCUCCUCUCCCCUCUCUCUCUCCCUUUAGGAGGGUACUAGAGGAGGCUCCUCUGAUGACUAAAGCUCUGAGAGAAUCUCAGAUGAAGGAUAAGAUGGACAGAUACCCCCGAGUAGUUCUGAGGGUCCAGUUCCCUGACAGACGUGUUCUACAGGGAUUCUUCAGACCUCUAGAGACAGUUGCUGCUCUGAGGCACUUUGUGAAGAUCCACCUGCAGGACCCCCAACUACCCUUCUACCUGUUCAUUGCUCCUCCUAAAACCAUUCUGGAGGACCCAACAGCCACCCUCUUCCAGGCUGACCUGUUCCCUGCUGCCCUGGUCUACUUUGGCUCUGACGCCAAGACAGAUAGUUACUUAGAGAGACUUCUCCUGGAUUCCAGUGUCUCGGCCCUACAAGCAGACGAGGCCAUUGCUGGCUGUAUGCCCAGGUCUUCGCCCCCCUCCUCCUUCUCUUCCAUGGUAACAGAGGAGCCCCUUCCAGACCCCCCUGCGGGGACCAGGGAGAUUGAGGAGGAGGAUCCUAACACACACAGCCAGGCCCACAAACCAGUCAGGACGGACACCGGCAAGGUCCCCAAGUGGCUCAAACUGCCAGGUAAGAAAUGAGGAUUAUGACCAGAUGACUACGGCUACCAUAGAGGGACAUACAGAACAGAGCGGAUGCCCCAACACACUGUUCCUCCUACCUUUUUAACAUGAAAUUCCAGGUUCAAAGUGGAUUGUGAUGUAUUCAAACCCAUUGUGAAUCCAGUGUGCACUUCAAAUAGUUUUACAAGAGUUCAAAAACAUGAAACUAAUUAAUAAAGGAAUCUAAAAUAUCUCCA